CGUCAGACCCACGUGACUGAGAGACGCGUCUCGGGGACUGUCACGCUAUGGCUGAGCAAGCGGUGAUCGAGAACAGAGGGGUCAUUCAUAGAAUGCUGUCUACUGUUGGUGUUCCCAGUCUGGCCAGCAGUGUGUGGGGCUAUGUGGAUAAAACAAUAAGGUGGUGCUGGAUUCCCAACUGGCUGCCAUCGUGGUGUCCAACUUCAAAGAGCCAUCUGCAAGCUUCAGAGGAGAAGAUGCUGCAGUAUGUCAGCGCUGCAUUUACUAAAGAGUUCGUUCCCAUCUCCAACGACAAUCUUCUGUGGACCCUGACUUUUUGCAAUGACCAUGUUAAAGAUAAAACUCCCUUAGUUCUGCUGCAUGGCUUCGGCGGCGGGGUGGGCCUGUGGGCCCAGAAUCUGGAUGAUCUCUCCCAGCAUCGGCCUGUCUUUGCACUGGACUUACUGGGUUUUGGCCAGAGCAGCAGGCCUGUGUUCUCAACAGAUGCAGCAGAAGCAGAGGAUCAGUUUGUCGAGUCCAUAGAACAGUGGCGGGCCAGUGUGGGUCUGGAGUCUAUGAUACUUCUUGGCCACAAUCUGGGAGGAUACCUCGCUGUGUCAUACUCCAUUAAAUACCCAGGCAGAGUAAAGCACAUUGUCCUGGUUGAGCCCUGGGGUUUGCCUGAUCAUCCGGAGACGACAGAACCAGACCGGCCCAUCCCUGUGUGGAUCAAAGCCCUUGGUGCCAUGUUCAGUCCCUUCAACCCCCUGGCUGGCCUGCGACUGGUAGGACCACUGGGUCCCACUCUGGUGCAAACACUAAGACCCGACUUCAAGAAAAAGUUCUCCCUCGUGUUCACUGACAACACUGUGCCAGAUUACAUCUACCACCUGAACGUGCAAAGCCCCAGUGGGGAAACUGCUUUUAAGAAUAUGACUGCGCCAUGUGGCUGGGCCAAGAGGCCAAUGUUGCAGAGGAUUGACCAGCUGCAGUCUGAUAUCCCCAUCACCAUCAUUUAUGGCUCCCGCUCCAGCAUAGACAGCAUCUCGGGCAUCACCCUCAAAGGGAUGAGGCCACACGCUCAUGUGGACAUCAUAAUCCAGCUGCACAGAUCCAACCAACUGCAUUUGACGACAACAACUGUUCUGUAGCUCAAAGUGAACUGACAAUCCGUGGAGCCGGACACUAUGUGUAUGCCGACCAGCCUGAGGACUUUAACUACAAGGUCUUGGAAGCAUGUAACAAACUGGAAUGAAAGCGGAGACAAGCUUGAAUGUUGAACUCUAGUGGGGGGGAAAAAGGGGGACGGACAUCACUCUGUCACACACUGUGGAACCUCAGAAUCCCACAAAAAUAAGUGUUUGCACAUUAAAAAUAUUGCAAAGUGAACAGUGACCUGGUGUGACUCGUACAUGUUGUAUCAUCUGACCAGUGAGUCAGCUGUAUUCUUGGAAACUUGGUGAAUGGUAACUCUGAGUUGACAUCACUGAUCAGGGCCUGUUGGCCUCCAUCACAUGCUUAUUAUGCAGCACACAGAAUCGUGGCUGUGGCGUCACCUUUUUUUUUUUUUUCCCCCUUGUUAUAAAGGUUUUUUUGAACUCUCCCAAAUGCAGUAACUUCAGUGUUAAGUGAAUGCAGGUGAUUAUCACCUUUCAAUACCAUUUAUAAACCAUUUCAUGUAAAAACUAUUGAGAGAUAAAUUAUCACAUUUUUUUUUUCUAUUUCUGUGAGAUACUGAGAAUGAAUAUUUUAGCAUGCUUAUUUCAUAAAUCCAGUGACAGCUGCAAUAAUAAUGAUGAAUAUUAAUAUGAUCAUUUGAGUGAUGUCUGACUGAAGCACAACGGGUAUUUAGGAGUUACAGUUACAAUGUCAUGUAUUUGGUGUCCCAUGCAUUGUGUUCAGCCUAUGGUUUGUGGUUUUUCCCAUUUGAUUCUGAUACAGAUACAAAACCUCGGUAUACAGGACCACUGCAUCAGCAACAGGAAGAGGUUUUCGAUGAAUCUGCUUCCAAUAAUAGCAUGUGUCCUCUGUAAUGUGCUUUCCUGUCAAACACAAGUGGUCAUUUCAUCUGCAAUAACUGAAUAUCACCAUAAACCCUGUGUUGUACUCC